UGCAGAAUUUCAGAGUGGGAUUUUGAUCUUUAAUGUGAAGAUACGUCUAUAUUAAACCAGGAAUCAUCAUCAGUAACAUUUAGACACGAAAAUUUGGAAGAUUAAACAAGUGUGAAGGUUGAUCAUGGAAAUCAAAGAGGAAGGAGCAUCAGAAGAAGGCCAGCACUUUCUUCCCACACCCCAGGCAAAUGAUACUGGGGACUUCCAGUUCACAAGUAUUCAGAAGACUCCAAAUGAACCACAGUUGGAAUUCAUCCUUGCAUGCAAGGAUCUUGUGGCUCCCGUUCGUGAUCGGAAGCUGAAUACACUGGUGCAGAUCUCAGUAAUCCACCCCGCGGAGCAGGGUCUGACAAGAUACUCAAGCACGGAAAUUGUGGAGGGAACAAGAGACCCGCUGUUUUUGACUGGUGUCACAUUCCCAUCUGAGUAUCCCAUCUAUGAGGAGACCAAAAUAAAGCUAACGGUCUAUGAUGUCAAGGAUAAGUCUCAUGACACUGUUCGAACCAGUGUCCUACCUGAACAUAAGGAUCCCCUGCCAGAGGUUGGGCGAAGCUUCCUGGGCUAUGCCAGUUUUAAAGUGGGGGAGCUACUGAAGUCGAAGGAGCAGCUGCUAGUCCUGAGCUUGAGAACUUCAGAUGGUGGCAAAGUUGUUGGCACCAUAGAAGUCAGUGUCGUGAAGAUGGGGGAGAUUGAGGAUGGGGAAGCCGACCACAUCACCACAGAUGUGCAGGGACAAAAGUGUGCACUGGUAUGUGAAUGUACAGCCCCAGAAAGUGUGAAUGGAAAAGAUACCUUACCUUUUUUGAACGCAGUGCUAAAGAACCCAGUGUGUAAAUUAUAUAGAUUUCCCACAUCUGACAAUAAGUGGAUGCGAAUCCGGGAGCAGAUGUCAGAGAGCAUACUUUCUUUUCAUAUUCCUAAGGAAUUGAUUUCUCUUCACAUAAAAGAAGAUUUGUGUAGAAACCAGGAGCUGAAAGAACUUGGUGAGCUUUCUCCACACUGGGACAAUCUACGGAAAAAUGUCCUUACUCACUGUGAUCAAAUGGUGAAUGUGUACCAAGAUAUUCUGACAGAACUUAGCAAGGAAACAGGGUCCUCUUUCAAAUCAAGCAGCAGCAAAGGAGAGAAAACAUUAGAAUUUGUUCCAGUAAAUCUACAUCUGCAAAGAAUGCAUGUACACAGCCCUCACUUGAAAGAUGCUCUCUAUGAUGUCAUCACUGUGGGAGCCCCAGCUGCCCAUUUUCAGGGAUUUAAGAAUGGUGGUCUUCGGAAACUACUCCAUAGAUUUGAAAUGGAAAGAAGAAAUACUGGAUACCAGUUUAUUUACUAUUCACCUGAAAACACAGCCAAAGCAAAAGAAGUUCUCAGCAACAUCAAUCAACUACAACCUCUGAUAGCAACCCAUGCAGACCUACUGCUUAAUUCUGCAAGCCAGCAUUCUCCAGACAGCUUGAAGAAUUCUUUAAAGAUGCUUUCAGAAAAAACAGAGCUUUUUGUACAUGCCUUCAAGGAUCAGCUGGUCAGAAGUGCUCUUUUAGCCCUCUACACUGCCAGACCAGGAGGUGUCCUGAAGAAACCACCGUCUCCUAAGAACAGCACAGAGGAGAGCUGUCCCCAGGACCCACCCCCGCCGAUGAAAAGGCAGGACUCCAUACCACAUCAUUCAGACUAUGAUGAGGAAGAGUGGGAUAGGGUGUGGGCCAAUGUGGGGAAGAGCCUGAACUGCAUUAUUGCCAUGGUGGAUAAACUGAUUGAAAGAGAUGGUGGUGGUGAAGGCGGUGGUGGCGGCAGCAAAGGUGGAGAAAAGGACCCUUCUCUAGUGGACCCCAUCAUAACUCAUCCAAGGGAGGACUGGUAUGAACAGCUAUAUCCCCUCAUCCUUACCCUGAAGGACUGCAUGGGAGAAGUGGUGAACCGAGCCAAGCAGUCCCUGACGUUCGUGCUCCUUCAAGAACUUGCAUACAGUUUGCCCCAGUGCUUGAUGCUGACGCUCAGAAGGGACAUCGUCUUCAGCCAAGCACUUGCUGGUUUGGUUUGUGGUUUUAUCAUCAAAUUACACACAAGUUUGCAUGACCCUGGCUUCCUACAGCAGCUUCACACAGUGGGAUUGAUAGUGCAAUAUGAAGGACUACUAAGUACAUAUAGUGAUGAAAUCGGAAUGCUAGAGGACAUGGCUGUUGGCAUUUCAGAUUUGAAGAAAGUCGCAUUUAAAAUAAUUGAAGCCAAAUCCAAUGAUGUCUUGCCAGUUAUAACAGGAAGGCGGGAACAUUACGUGGUGGAAGUGAAGCUUCCAGCUCAGAUGUUUGAGGCACUGCCUUUGCAGAUUAAAGAGGGACAAUUGCUCCAUGUGUAUCCAGUACUUUUUAAUGUUGGAAUCAAUGAACAACAAACUCUUGCUGAGAGGUUUGGCGAUGUCUCUUUACAGGAAAGUAUUAAUCAGGAAAAUUUUGAACUUCUAAAAGAAUAUUACACGACAUUUAUGGAAAAGAUGCCACCUGAUUACAUUUCACAUUUUCAAGAACAAAAUGAUUUAAAAGGAUUACUAGAAAAUCUCCAUCAAAAUAUCCAAGUCAAAAAAAGAAAGAAUGUAGAAAUCAUGUGGUUGGCUGCAACGAUUUGUCGCAAACUCAAUGGCAUUCGUUUCACGUGUUGCAAAAGUGCCAAGGACAGGACAUCGAUGUCGGUGACUCUGGAACAGUGCUCAAUCCUGAGAGACGAGCACCAGCUACACAAGGACUUCUUUAUCCGAGCCCUGGAUUGUAUGAGAAGAGAAGGAUGCCGCAUAGAGAAUGUACUGAAGAAUGUCAAAUGCAGAAAGUAUGCUUUCAACAUGCUACAGCUGAUGGCUUUCCCCAAGCAGUACCGACCUCCAGAGGGGACUUAUGGAAAAACUGACACCUAA